AGAACAUGAGAAUGAGAAUAAAAGACAAAAAAACAAAAAAGACCAUCAAGUUGAGUGGUUAGGUUGUUGUUCUUUGUUGACACAAAACCAAGAAGAAGCAAUAAGAUCAAGCAAGCAAGCACUAGUCACCUAUAACAUUGCGUGAAGAUUUCGCUGCGUUGUUGUGUGUUGUUGUGCGACGUUGACCUUCUACUGUUAGAGACAGAGAUGGGAAAUUCGUUUGGAUGCUCAGCCUCCGGUGAGAGGCUGGUGUCGGCGGCGAGGGACGGCGACUUUGUGGAGGCGAAGAUGCUUCUGAACUGCAACCCUUGUCUCGCCAAGUACUCCACCUUUGGUGGCCUCAAUUCGCCUCUCCAUUUUGCUGCUGCCAAGGGCCACAACGAGAUUGUGGCGUUGUUGCUAGAGAAUGGAGCUGAUGUGAAUUCAAGAAAUUAUUCUGGACAGACGGCCUUGAUGCAAGCUUGUAGAUAUGGGCACUGGGAAGUUGUACAGACACUUAUACUUUACAAAUGCAAUGUUAUGAGAGCAGAUUACCUCAGUGGGAGGACAGCUCUUCACUUUGCAGCUGUGAAUGGGCAUGUAAGAUGUAUUAGACUUGUUGUGGCUGACUUUGUUCCAAGUGCUCCUUAUGAAGCUCUACAUGCAGAUUCUAACAAGGGUGCUGGAUCAAAUGUGGGAGGCAAACAUGAACAUAGUGCCCUGUCCAAGUUCGUAAAUAAAGCAGCUGACGGUGGUAUCACUGCCCUUCAUAUGGCUGCGUUAAAUGGAUACUUGGAUUGUGUACAGCUGCUGCUUGAUCUUAAUGCAAAUUUGUCUGCUGUGACAUAUCAUUAUGGAACAUCAAUGGAUUUAAUAGGGGCUGGAAGCACUCCAUUGCAUUAUGCUGCUUGUGGGGGCAAUUUAAAAUGCUGUCAGAUCCUCCUUUCAAGAGGUGCAAGUCGGAUGGCUUUGAAUUGCAAUGGGUGGCUUCCUCUUGAUAUUGCAAGGAUGUGGGGUCGUCAUUGGCUUGAACCACUACUUGCACCCAGUUCUGAUGCCACAGUACCUGCAUUCCCUCAUUCAAGUUACUUGUCCUUGCCUCUCAUGAGUGUGCUCAACAUAGCCAGAGAAUGUGGCUUGCAGUCAUCUACAGCCUCCUCUGAUGAGAUUGAUUUUUGUGCGGUAUGCCUGGAGAGGCCGUGUUCAGUGGCUGCAGAAGGAUGCAGGCAUGAGCUUUGUGUGAGAUGUGCACUUUAUCUUUGUUCAACAAACAAUGUUUCUUCUGAAACACUUUGCACUCCGGGCUCUAUCCCUUGCCCCCUUUGUAGACAUGGAAUUGUCUCUUUUGUUAAGUUACCAGGUUCCCAAACAAAAGAAAAUAAAUUAAACAUGUCUCUUGGCCUGUGUACCCCUUGCAUCCUUCAUCAGCCAUCUCUUUCUCAUACACCUGAGAUUCAAAGAAACUGUGUAGAUUCUGUUCCUUCAGAGAUGCUUUGCCCCGUCACUUGUAGUCCAUUUCCAUCCAUGGCAAUUCCUCUAUGCACCUGCAAUGAUGGUUCAUGUCCAUCGUUUGAGCCCCGAGAAGCAGAAACACAAGAUGGAUCACCUCGUCAUUCCCAAGCAUCAACAACGGAUCAAGAUAAAAUUGAAGGGCCGAGACUCGAUAAAACAACCUGCUCAAGCAUGUUUUGGGGUAGAAGGAGUUGCAGCAGGGAACACCAAUGCAAUUCAGAAAUAAAUGCUUGACUUGUUUGGUGCUUGUAUGAUCAUUCUUAUGUUGUGGAUACGGUACAUUUUAGAUCAACCGAGCAGUCCACAGUUGUUAUAUUGAUCAGUCUCAGAUAGUGGAACUCAGUGGAUAUAUCAAGAAGAGAGAAAGCUGCUCUGCAGAUUUAUUUUGCUGCACAAGCUGUAUACUAUGUGAUAAAUUCUGCAACACAGCCACCUUCUGGAUGUCCUCUUGUGAAUUGUGAUGUUUAGAGAGCGUGUGUGAAAUUUCAGUUCUAGGAGAUUGUUUGUUGUGAUUUAUUGUUCAUUUUUACAAAGAAAAGUGUUUUUUUAGAUAGGAAUUGUACCUUUUUAGCAUGUGUAUCAGAUUUGGAGCAUCUGUAUAUUCUGCAUGUCAUGAAUUUUAUAGGUUUACAAAGCACACAUUUGGGAUUGAAACGACUUGCUGAAGAAGCAAUUAUAAAUACCUUUUUGUACA